AUGUCGACCUCCUCAGGACCUCCAGAGUCCUGGAUAGCCUCCUUCUGCUCCCUGCUCGGCCACGAGUACUUUGCAGAGGUCUCGGAGGAGUUCAUCGAAGAUGACUUCAAUCUUACGGGGCUACAGUCACAGGUGCCCAUGUACAAGGAGGCACUUGAGAUGAUACUCGACGUCGAGCCAGAAGACGACGAGGAUGAGGAGGAUGAUGAAGACGAGGACGAGGAAGACGUUAGUGGCGACGGCCUCGACCGAAGGCUUCCCGGAGAGCGGCGACAUCAUAGCAGGAUGGCCAGCGACCUUUCCGUGAUCGAGUCCUCCGCCGAGAUGCUCUACGGCCUCAUACACCAGCGAUAUAUCUGCUCGCGCGCAGGCAUACAGCAAAUGUCGGAAAAGUACGAGAUGGGCCACUUCGGCUGCUGUCCUCGCACGAACUGCUCCCAAGCAAGAACGUUGCCGGUCGGGCUGUCAGACAUACCGGGCGAGGACACUGUCAAGCUUUUCUGUCCCUCGUGCCAGGAUGUCUACGUGCCUCCCAACAGUCGUUUCCAGACUGUUGAUGGCGCGUUCUUCGGCCGGACGUUUGGCGCCCUAUUCCUCCUCACCUUCCCCGACUACGAUUACUCGAAGCACGGCUCCGACCUGAUGUCAUCUAACUCCCUGCACAUCAGUCGCCGGUCGGGCGACGAUGACUGGAUGGUCAACGGUAUGCAUGCCAGGAACAUUGCCCCGAGUCUAGGUCCGGGCAAGAUAUACCAGCCAAAGAUUUACGGCUUUAAGGUAUCGGAACUGGCGCGUUCUGGCCCCCGGAUGCAAUGGCUGCGCGACAAGCCUGCGGACCUGUCCGAGCUGGACGAGGCACGCCGUUACGCGGAAGAAAACACGGAUGACGACGAGAGCAUGACAGGCAACUCCAAACCGUCCCGGAGGAGGCCUCGUGGAACUGCCCGUCUGCGCCAGAGACAACAACAAAACGGAAGCCCCAUGGCCGUCGAGGCAAACGGUGCCGAGUCAGAGCUCUAG